AGAGCCAGCAGGCUGAAGACCAAGGGCCAGGAGGCUCGAGGCAAGUGGGGACGGUUGCCCGGCUUGGUUCUGUCGGGCACAGGCCACACGGCUAGGGGGUUCAAGCCUUGCCCCCCUUUGCCGCCUUCGGGGGCCUUCCAUCCCCAGCACACUGCCGCGAAGAGGGGCCAGCACGUUGGAAGUCUGUCGGGUACAUGCAGACGGCCGGAAGGGAGCGGAGGGAGGCCAUUCGACCUAUUUGGAAGCCUUCCACCCCUCGCAGACGCCUCCGGAAGGGGUCCGGGGAUCACGCUCCCCACCCUACGCUCGGGGGGAGAGCGCUCCCCUGAACCCUGGACAUCAAAGCCAAAGCACAUAUAAAUAUAAUGGAUAUUCAUACUGGACACCGACACUUCCCAUGAGAAAAUACAAAUUGAAAGGAUCGCGGUUUUUAUUUUAAAAAGUGUUUUUAGUAAUGAAAGUGCCAACGAUAUGAAGAUACAUUAGUUGAGCUUAAAUUUUUCGGGCUUUUUCUACUAAGCCUCGAGGACCAACAAGCCGCUACAUACAACGAAGAACAAAGGCGCAGCUUCUUUUGCCGAGGAAGUGCUAGCAGCUGUCAAUAUAUGCGACGAAAGAGGCUUGACGCCACCCGCUGUAGACUCGACUGAAAAUACAGAGGCGCAAUUACGUUGGCGUGCAUUUUUGCUACACUCGUGCGGUGUCUGCCUUCCAAUCAGGGUUGAGUGGAGAGACUUUGAGGACAUUACGAAAGAUUUUUUUCAGCAUCGAGCGUCAUCUUCAGGGUCGUGAGGUGUCGUGGGUCUGUGUGGGACUUUCCAAACGUUAAAAGGUUUUGUAACGGAAGCGAGGGACUGCACACACCGACACCCCCCCACCCGAGUUCGGAUAGUUGUGAAAAACCUCUAUGGUACCUUUUCUAAUUCAAGUGAGUCCGAGUCCGACAUCAUGGCUGUCCCGUCCAUUGAAAUGUUUCUUGAACGAGUAGGGAAUGGCAAGAGGGAUAUAUCCAUCUUGCUAAAGGAAGCUCGUAAGGCGCUUAUAAGUUCGGGAACAGGGCAUUGCCCUUGCUGCUUCGCAAGCUUCUCCGAAUCUGGCGGAAAUGGAGGUGCAACGCCUGAAGGAGAAGCACUGCCACUUGCGUAUUCAAACCUGGUGGUGCCGUCAUGCGGACAUGCACUAUGCGCUUUCUGCAUGUCAACAAUGGCAACUUGCUAUCCUUAAGGGUAGACUAUCGCUAUCCCGUGUGAACUAUCCUGAUAAUAGAGUAGUUUAUAGACGCUGGGCUACGCUGAGUGGCCGGGCGGCCUCGCUGGGCACGCUGGGCGGCAACGCGGGGCACGCUGGGCGGCAACGCUGGGCACGCUAGGCGGGCGCUUGGCUAGCGCUUAGCGGACUUGAGGCUCACACAUUGGGCAUGCCGAGCCUGCGCGGCCGAUGGAUUUACUUGCGCCGCGGGGACGCGGUGCAGCGCGUCCCGUGAGGACAAACAAAGGAGGCGCGCCGCCCUCAAGGUUCAGGGCAGCGCUGGCGCAGUGCUGCGCCAGUUUGCGCAGUAGCGGGCUGCGCGGCGCCUGCUCUGUUCAGGCUUGCACUGCGUCGCGCUGCACUGCGCUGCUCGAUGCGUGCAAUUCUGCGCCGCUCCUGUGCACAACGGUAAACUUGCGAGCGUUGUUGGCCUUGGCCUACGCUAGACUAGCACUGCCGAUGGGGUUCUCAAGCGGGCGCCCGAAGGGCGGCCCGCAAUUGGAGACGCCCAGCGUCACGCUGGGCGCAGAAUUCGGCAGAUCUGGCACAUUUGGGUCGCCCAGCGACCCAAUGCGGCCAGCGUGCCCAGCCCAGCCAUGUUGGGAAACCUUAUAAACUGUUCUAUGAUAAAUCUACUACCGUACUCCAUUGAGGUUGGGAUAGUUAUAUACUACCGCUAAUAUCCCGUUGACGAAGUUGUGGGACUUUCUGACAGCGACGAAAGCAUAGCGGACAACGAAAUCGAUGCCCUCGCAAGUGCUAAUCCCAAUGGCAUGAUCAAUCCAGAUUCUAUAGUUGUGCUCGAAGAAACAAGCGGUGUCCCAGUCCUGUUAAGGUUUCAUCUUUUACCAACAUCUUGUGAUUACCGCCUUUUCCUUGUGGUAUGGUGGAGAUAUAGCAAGAGCAAAACCAAAUCAAUGUCUCUUAAAAAUUAUGGUUUUAUGCGUAUCGUUUUAUGUUGCGUAUUACUUAUAAUGCUUUGAUAUUUCGUUUUAGCGGCAAAAAACCUUCUCUAAUGGUGCCUUCAGGCAGCUGUAAUGGCACGUGCUGCUCUUGCCGCCAGCCAUUUGUGUGGCCCACGCGCUUGGAGAGGAUGAUUGUGCGUGAAGUUGUAGCCUCACUACCGCAGGAUUUCUUCUCUCAUCCUACAGGGUGGUGCAAGAACGAUACGCCCGAUAAAAAGCCCGGAGAUGCUCUUAGUAGUCCGGAUAGUGAUCUCGCAGAAGAAGCAGCUGUCGAUAAUGAAGAAAACAAUGUUGAGGCGCAUGCUGAUGAAGUAGUACCUACAACAAGUACGCCGAUAUGCGAAUCGCUAUCUCCGGAGGAUAUAACAGAGGAUGAGUGGGACUUGGAGUUCAAAGCUCAAACCAUCGUUCUCUUGAUGGGAUGCAUUGCGAAAAGUUGGAAUCUUACAUCAUUCAAAUCUCUGCUGGACAAUACAUCACCGAUGCGGGGUUCUGCGUCACACCGGCACAAUUCUAGCGACAAGUCGACAACAGAUACUGCACAAAUUAUGCAUACAGAAAACGUAGUAGUUUUGGUUUUCAAGGAUUGCAAAAGAAAAAGAAUUUCAUUUCUCGUCACAAACAGUUCUUCAGGCUAGUAGUUCAGCCUUCUUUCAAUUUAGAACUCGAAAGAAUUAGAUAUAUGAGUGAUUAGCGACCGAAGGGAUGGAAUUUUGCAAUCUCUAAGAGAAACCACGAGGAGAAGGAGCAGAAAGGACCUCCUUCUGAAACGUGGUUUCGGCACCGCGGACUGGAGGUGCCGAAGGACCCGCUUCAAAAAUUUGCAGAAGAGCGGAAGUGUGUCUACAGUGGAGCGCUUGCGAUCAUGGAAGGCGCAGGAAGGUGUAUGGGGUGGUCAGAGAAGCAACGGGAACGCAUUCGACGCGCUGCUCGAAAACGUGCGAAUAUUGUCUAAGUGUGUCGCAACCUACCUGUGCCUUUUUCGGGAUAAUAAUGCUGAUGAUUAUCAUUAAGUUCGUUUCAGAGAUGCCCACUGAGUAUCGUCUUGUUCAUACGUUAUCAUUUCCACAGCUGGAUGAUGAACUACAAGAACAAGAGGAUGAAUUGUAGAGGUGGACUCUCCAAGGCCUGCUGCGAAAAUUAUCGGGUGUCUUUACUUAGAC